GUCCGGGAAUAUUUUGCAAUUUGUUUUUGAUUUUUUACUGUGAUAAAUAGGCCUUUCCGUUUCACUCCACACAUGGAUACAUUUGGUUUUUGAAUCGUUCCAAUUUUCUUCUUUCCUAGUCUCAUACUUUUAUGUAUACUCUUUCACAGUAAACACAAAGCCAAAAUUGUACAAAAUUCCUUAAAUAUAAAAAGUUGUAAAAAUCUUCAACGCGAUAAAGUCCCGGUUUUCUUUAUUGUUUAUAACAAUGUUUCGCGCUGGUAAAUUGAACAAACCCGUGGUUUUGGCGGUGCAACGAAUGCAACUUGCCCGACGUUCGUUCCAUGUUGAUCUAUUACAUCAGAUGCCGGCAUCUAGCCGAGGCUCAGGCUCGUCCUACGGCGGUUACAAGAAAGGAGGUGGAGGCAGCACAUCGGCAACGGCCCAAGUAUUGGCAAGACAAUCCGUAGGGUCAGUUGGCGGAAGGCAUCCGCCAUUCCAAUCGCAAUCGCAUAAAUAUCAGCAGGAACAACAGCAACCAACGGUCCCUAAACAGGAACAGUCGCGUUGGCCCCGUCGCAUUUUUAGUGGCAUUCAGCCGACUGGCGCCUUGCAUUUGGGCAACUAUUUGGGAGCCGUACGCAAGUGGACCCAAUUGCAGAAGGCACGCGAUGAUGUCACCGUUUGCAUAGUGGAUAUGCAUUCGAUAACAAUGCCCCAUAAUCCUCCAGUGCUGCGUGAGAAUAUCUUUACAUUGGCGGCCACACUAUUGGCAUGUGGCAUUGAUCCUUGCCGGAGUACACUAUUCGUGCAGUCCGCUGUGCUGGAACACUCUGAACUCAAUUGGAUAUUGAGCUCGCUGACCACGUUGCCCAGAUUGGCUCAGUUGCCGCAAUUCAAGGAGAAAUCCCGGAUGUUGAAGGACGUUCCAUUGGGCUUAUAUGUCUAUCCUGUGCUCCAGGCAGCAGAUAUAAUGCUAUACAAGGCUACGCAUGUCCCGGUGGGAGCUGAUCAACUGCAGCAUAUCCAAUUGGCCCAGCAUUUGGCUCGCAGCUUUAAUACCCGCUAUGGUGACACAUUUCCCGUGUGUCAUGCACUCAUCGAGGAAUCAGAGGCCUCUCGUGUGCUCUCAUUGCGCGAUCCUACCAAGAAAAUGUCCAAAUCGGAGGAGAAUCCCAAGGCCACCAUCAACAUAAUCGAUUCACCCGAACAGAUAACGGAGAAGAUCCGUAAGGCUAUAACCGAUUUCACUUCGGACAUAUCAUAUAACCCGUCCACGCGUCCUGGUGUAAGUAAUCUAGUCAGUAUCCAUGCCCAGGUCACUGGGCAGUCCAUCAGCUCCGUUGUGGAAGAGGCCAACACAUUGGACACGGGCAAAUACAAGGAUCGUGUGGCCGAGGCUAUCAUUGAGCAUUUGCGUCCCAUACGGGAGCAGAUUCAACAGCAUUUGGCCAAGCGGAAUGAGCUCAUCUACAUGCUGGAGAUUGGAGCAGAGAAAGCCCGUCAAACGGCGCAACAGACCAUGAGCGAUGUGAAGCAACGGCUGGGCCUAGGAACCAAUGCCCAUUUGCCGCCAGCGGUUCAGGUAGCUCCUUUGCUCCCCGGCCGCAUGAGGAUGACGGCCAGUCAACGUAUGUCCAAGGGCGUUCUAAUGCCCAACGUCAAUGCGCACGCUCAGCCCCAUUACGACCAGCGUCAUGAGCCGGGUCACGGUGCAUCUGGCGGAUCGGCGGGUGAAGCCGCUACCGGCGAGCUGAAGGAUGGCAUGUCCUUCAAUCAGUACGCAAUGCGUCCAUUGAUGCGUCGCCCUGUGGUGCCCACUCAGCAUUUGCGUGUGGAGAAACUUAAGAACAAGACUCCUCCCCGGCACAUUUUCAUAAUGGACAAGCAGAAUGCACCUAGCAUGGGUUUCCGUUCGCCCAGCUCGGUGAAUGUCACUGGCGGGCUGCAAAGGCGGCAAGAAGUGCCACCAGCGCCCAAAGAGAUGGGUUUCACGGCGGACCCGACAGAUGGAAACUUCGGGCAGAACACGAAUCCCAGUGCUUUAGCCUCUAUAACCCGGGCAGCGAAUGCGGCCACCAAACAGCAGGAGUUCACCUCCACAUUGGCCAAUAGUGCCUAUUACAAAGCGUCCAUAACGCCAAGUGCGCUAAACUUAAUGAAAACAAAACCGUACAAGGAGUCCGCCGCAUCGAAAUGCUUUUCGCCCUCGUUAGCCAGCAGCUCAUCGUUGUCGUCCUUCACCUCCGCCAGCUCAUCCCCAUCCACUGCCCCUGGCGAAACUGAGGAGCAAGUAAAUUCCUCCUCCUCUUACGGUUUCUCUGAGGAACACGAUGAUGACGAUGAGAACAGUGAACGUCCUGCUCACGAGGUUAGCAAGGCGGAGGUUUGAGUCAGUCCAAGGCGCUUAAUAUUGUUAUUACAUGUAGAUUGGUAAAUGUAUACACACAUACACAUGAAUAUAUAUAUACGUAUAUGUCUUUGGCAUAAACUAUAUAUAUAUAUAUAUACCUAAUUGUUAAAAUCGAACGUAUUCUAGUUGUGAAAUAAAUCAAGAUGAUUUCAACUCUA